AUGAAUCCAAGCCUUAUAAAAGAGAGAGAAGCGUUUUUGAAGAGAGCCAUGACAAUUCCUGUUGUUGAGAAACCAAAGUCUAAUUUUUCUGGUACUUCAGAGGAAAAAGGUGCUAUGACUUCUGUACACCGCCGUGGACCUCCUUCAGUUUCUACUGUUUCGGAAUUGCGAUCUCUCGAAUUAAAACCUCAAUUGCAAGGGAAGUUUGCUGUUUUAUCUCGAAUAGUAAAGUACAUGAAGCAACGCCAUUUAGAAGGCGAUACUCAUCCAUUAUCCGUAGAAGAAAUUUUGGAAGAAGCUGUACUUCAUGACACACCACCUGCUACCGUAAAAUGGCUGGAGGAAGAAGCUCUACCGAAUAAUCCCAAAAUUCGUGUUACUACGGAUGCAAAGUUCGUAUUUAAACCGAGAUAUGAUAUUCGUACCCGUAAGGAUCUUUACCAACUUCUCCGUCGUCAGGAGUUGAAGGGUUUGGGGGGAAUUUAUCUAGAUGAUUUGACUGAAUCUGUUCCUGAUGUUGAAAAAAUUCUCAAUAGUUUUGGUGACCAUGUGAUUCGCAUUGUCACACCACACGAUAAGAAAACCAUUUUGUUUUACAACGACAAAUCUUUCGAUUUGAAUGUAGAUGAAGAAUUUAAGCAACAAUGGCGAUCGGUGAGUGUGGAGGGUGUUCAUGAAACAAAAAUUGAGGAGUAUUUAAAACGUAAUGGAAUCUCCUCAAUGUCUGGUGAUCGUAAAAAUUUCUUACCUGUACAAAGAAAGAAACCAGGACAAAAACGUACCAUGAAUCGUCCAGUUCAUAUUAAAGACAAUGAACAUGUGAACGGAAUUUUAGAAGACUUUUCUGAGAAAUUAGCUAAAACUUCCUGA